CAAGAUCAAGGACGUGCCUGGAGACAACAACUGCCAGUUCCACGCGCUGACCGACCAGCUGGAGCAGCUCGGCAUCAGCGGCUGGUCGGCCAUCUCGAUGCGGAAGAAGACCGUGCAGUGGCUGAGGGAGAACGGCAGCCGAGCGAUGGACGACGGCUCCGUCGGCGAGUCCUUCAAGCUGCGCGACAGCGUCGGCGUCGAGGACUGGGACCGGUACAUCCGAGAGAUGUCGCAGCACGGGGUCACGUGGGGCGACGAGGCGCGAGAUCGAGCCGAGAUCUAGCCGAGAUCGAGACGAGAUGCCGCACGAGAUGUGCGAAGCCACCUCUCGGCCGUCCUCCUCUCGAGAUCGAAAUCAGCCGGAGAUUGGCCGAGAUUGGCCGAGAGUAGGCGACGCUGCUCGCGGCCUCCGUCAUCUUCAAGACGGAGAUCGUCGUCAUCUCGUCGCUCUCUCCCGACUACUGCCACACCAUCACGCCGCCGGACGUGUGGAAGGUGCCGCUCACGAUGCGCAUCUACCUCGGCCACUUCGCAGAGUUCCACUACGUCUCCACCCGCCCCAUCUGAGCCGCGCCGCUGCGGCGCUGCACACGCGAGGCAUGCGGCGGUGGCGCGCGGCAGGGGAGGCGUUGGUGUUGGUCGGCGUGGAGGCGGUGGCGCCGGUGGGUGUGGGUGUGCGGCGUGGAGACGCUUCUGUGUUCUGUGUUGUCUUUGUGUUGAGUCGGGUGGUGUGUGUGUUUGCGUGUGUGUGUGCUGUGUGGCCUCCACCGAAACCGUAUUGGAAGACUUGGAGGUAGGUAGGU